AAGAACUGUCGUUUGUAUACACCUGAUACAAAGCUAAGAAAAAAAUACAGAAUACAAUAAUUUUCCUAUACUUUGGCGUGUCUCGAGUUCAUAUACUUACUUAUUUAUUCCAUGGGAUGUGCCGUGAUCACAAUGGAAACUAAUUACUAAUUACAAAGUAUUGCCUGACAUUGAUUAUGCAAUGUUAUUGUUUUAUAAGCAAACCUAGCCAGUUCUAAGCUUCAGCUCAUUGAAUGACAGACAGUAAACAAUGAAGCACACAUUGAUAAUAUUUUUAAUAAUACUUAUAAAUAAAACUAAGUGUAAUGUGACUGCUAAUGCUAAAAAUGUGGGCGAAGGAGGUGUUUCGACCACACGACUACCGUCAGAAUUUUCUGGGAAUAAAAAUCUAAGUGACAAAAAGCUCGAGUCUCCGAUAAAUGUGGGGGAUGGUGGAAGUAGUGUGUAUCUGGAUGAUGUGAUAUUUGCUAUGAAGAAUCAGAACUGGACUGCAGAAGAAAAACCGUGUUUGGAUCAUAUCUACCGUUUGCUCGCUGGCUUGCAGAAUUUUACUCUUUGGGCUGUUUGGGAAUGGGACGCCCAAGCAUCAGAACCACAAGGUCUUUUAUUUGGCAAUCGCUACCAGCUUGGUAACUUCGACCAGUGUAUGAAAGCACCCUGGUCGAGGACCCAUCCAGAGUUGAAGACCAAAUACUGCCUCGCUGAGAUACGUCUGGAAAGAACAGAUAAAGCUGUGAGAAGACGAGUAGACCGACCUACUUAUCCUUAUCAAUCUGCGCUGGAUUAUAUUGAGUACCAUGUGCCUCACUCUCGUCCCCUGAACGAGUUAACAUGGGGUGCCUGUGUCCCUUCUUCAUGCCAACCAAGAACUGUGGAACGGCUGCUUGGCAUUAUGUUAGCACGCAGCCAUCUUGGAGCUGCUGGAAUCAAAGCAGACAUCAGCGUCGAUGAACCAUGUCAAAGUGCUGAAGAUGAACUGGAAUAUGAUGCAUUGUUCUAUGCGUUUUUCAUCGUAAUGGGCUCAGUGACGGCUAUCGCUCUGGUUUGCACGUACUUGAACUACCAGAGGGCACAAUUAGACUCAUCCCUAGACUCAGAUUCUAGAGAACCAGACUUCAUAAACGCAUUCUGUUUGAGAGAGAACGCUUCAGAUCUUCUUCGGAUGAGGAAGGAAGGUGUAGAAGUGUUUUACGGGAUUCGAUUUCUCACUAUAUGUCUGAUUGUGAUGGAUCAUCAGAUAGGAAUCUCCAAUGCUGGGCCCAUCAGUGAUGGGUUAACUUCUGAUGAGGAGGUGAAUAAAACUACGUUGGGUAUGCUAAUUCUACACGACGAUUUAUUUGUGGAUACCUUCUUCUUACUAUCUGGAUUCCUUACAUUCACGAAUUUGGUGAAGUUAAACAGACUACCAAACCCGCUGCUUAUUAUUCUGAAGAGAUAUGUUAGGUUGGUGGUCGCUCUGGCAGUGGUUAUCUUCUACAUCUGUGCUGUGCACCCUUACACCGGCACCGGACCACUAUGGAACAGGGCCAUAGCAUACGAUACGACGCACUGCCGCAAAAACUGGUGGCUCAACCUUCUCAUGGUCAACAAUUACAUUGACCCGGAGAAUCUUUGCAUAAUACCUUCGUGGUACAUUCCAUGUGACUUCCACUUCUUCGUGGUGUCCAUCUUGGUGUACUGCAUCUAUAGAACGUGGCCGAAAUUAGGGAUCACCAUCGCAGGCCUAUUCACGGUCGCGUCUAUUAUUGUACCUGGUGCCGUCAACUAUAUUAAUGAACUGUCUGCUGUUCAACUCUUCACAUUUGAUUUCAUACUAAACCCUCGCGGCAGCAAAGACUUCAAGUUGACUUACAUCCCGAGUCACACACGCUUCGCCUCAUACCUGGUCGGUUUCUACACUGGCUACGUGUUCGUCAAGUACAGCAGUAAAGGCAACCUGGAUAAGAUGAGACAGAAAUGGUCGGUUCUUGGUGCACUCGCUGCCUUGACACUGAUGUUACUGGUGAUGUUGUUGGGUAGUUCCUACCUGUGGCGCAGUUACCACCCGUUAGAGGGCGCCGUGUACGCUGCACUAAAUAGACCUGCCUGGGCUCUCGGUGUAGGGUUGUUAGUACUGUGCUGCUCGCUUGGACAUGUCCCGUUUAUAAAGGCAUUCCUGAGCUGGUACCCCUGGGUGCCUCUGAGCAGACUCUCCUAUGGCCUGUUCCUGACACACGCAAUACUGAUUGCAAGGAAUGUCUUCAUUACUAGAAAUCCUCAGCAUAAUGAUUACUUUGAAAUUCUGAAUGAAACAAUAGGAGUUAUAUUCUUCGGAUGUCUUGCAGCGCUUGUUCUCUUUUUACUAGCAGAAGCUCCUGCCAACAAAUUAAUGGCUUUGUGCUUGAAAUCUAAAGUCAAAAAGAUGUCAGAUCUCGAAUCGAACCCUGAUCCAAUGAGUACUACCACCAGUAUGAGCACUGUGCCGACAGGCAGCGGGUAUUUAAGCGAGAACUUACCAGGCACAAUACAAUACUCUUCUAAGAUAUAAAAUAACUUAAACACUUAAACUUAUGUACUUCCAUUAUUUGUAUAAAAGUCAUGGAACUGAUUGGAAUUACCAUCUUAUGCAAAAACCAGCACUUUAAGCAUCCAUCAAAUUACUUUAACAUAUUUUCAUUUUUAAUAUUAUUGCAAUAUGAUUUUUAUGGAAUAGAAGGCAAACGAGUUGACGGAUAACCUGGUGGUAAGCGAUCUGUACUGCCUAUGGAUACCCGCAAUAGCAGAGGAGUCACAGGCGCAUUGCCAGCCUUUGAAAAAGGAAUACGGUGUUUUCUUGAAUCGGUUCGAAAAUACCGCCGACGACAGAUCAGUCUACUUGCUGCUUUUUUUGCUGUGCAAGGUAGAAAGCUUUUUGAAAAGCGCACAGUUGUGGCCUGCAAACCAUCGAAAACUACCGAGCGAAGCCACAUUUUUUCAGAAUUAACUUAAUCAUUAUCAUUAUACACAUAAAAAUAAAAUUAUGACAAAAAACCAUUUAUAAGAUUUUGAAAUAAUCGGUGGAACUAUGUCAAACUCAAAUACAAAACAAAAACAAAGCCUUUAUUUCAAUGAAUGAUUAAUUAAUCACUUUUGAUACUUCAAAAAUUGCAUUGUUCAACCGUCUGUAUAGUAUAAGUUUAAAGAAGUAUUAAUUUUGCAUAAUUAUUUUAUGAUACACAUUUAAUUUCUUUACCUUAAUUAAACGAGUUAAAGUAAUAUUAUUCUAAAAAAAAACGAAUUCAGUUUAAGGAAAACAAUUAAACAUUUUACUUGUUUGUUUCUGAACACGACACUUUUUAUUUAAACUCAAGAAUAUUCAAAAAUAUACUAAGUAUUACGUAAAUGUUAAAAAAUAUAACCAUUAAGAGACGGUAAGUAAAUAAGUCGCUUCGUAUUGGACGAAAAGAUUCUAAGGCCAACAAAUGUUCAACGAUAUGUAUCGGCGACUUGUCAAGCGAAGCCUGCCGAUUUCGCCUGACAUAUUAGAAAGGGACAACGCGCUUAUGUCCACAGCGACGUUGGUGUUGCCAAACAUGAACAAAGUCAUAUACACACACACAUACACAC